GACUGAUUUGAGAAACAUAUUCUGUAUCCCAGUUGAAUAAUAUUUUAAACAAUAAUAAUGAUUAAGAUGGAAGUAGUGUUACUCAUUCUCUCCUUAAAUUCAUAACAAACAACUAAACUCCCUCACAUUCCCCCAAACAUAUAAACUCAACACAAAAUGAAACCUUACUAUUAUACAAAAAUGGCUUCCUUUUCAUCACCCCUUCUAAUAUGCUUAAUCCUCCUCCAUUUCUUUUCUUUUAUCCUUAACAAUAAUAAUAGUGUCAUGGCUGCAAAACAAAGCAACCACCACCACAUCCGCCAUAACCACCGUAACAACAACCAUAACCACCGUAACAACAAUCACAAUUCUUCUUCUUCUUCUUCUUCCUCCAUCUCAGACGACUCAAACAAUAACCCAAGACUCCACCAAGCUUUCAUAGCCCUCCAAGCAUGGAAAAAGGUAAUCUACUCUGACCCAAGCAACUUCACCUCCAACUGGGUAGGUCCAUUAGUAUGCAACUACACCGGAAUCUACUGUGGACCCUCCUUAGACAACCCACAUCUCCGAGUAGUCUCCGGCAUCGAUCUCAACCAUGCUGACAUCGCCGGGUUCAUCCCCGACGAGUUUGGCCUUCUAACAGACCUGGCCCUCAUCCACCUCAACUCAAACCGCUUCUGUGGGAUCAUUCCGCAGACAUUCUCGAACCUCACCCUCCUCUUCGAGCUCGACCUCAGCAACAACCGCUUCGUGGGUCCAUUCCCAACCGUUCUCCUCUCUCUUCCGACCUUAAACUUUCUGGAUAUUCGCUUCAACGAGUUCGAGGGCCCACUCCCGUCGGAAAUCUUCUUGAAAAAAAUCGACGCCGUUUUCGUCAACAACAACCGCUUCACCAGCUUGAACUUCCCACAGUCGAUAAGCGGGUCGGGAUCAGCCUCUGUUCUGGUGUUCGCCAACAACAACUAUGGUGCUGGAAAAACCUUUACGAUACCUCCGAGCAUAGUCAAGUUUGCCAACUCGUUAGAAGAAUUUCUCCUCUCCAACACCAAUUUGUCUGGUUGCUUGCCUCAGGAAGUGGGGUUCCUCUACAAGCUCAAGUUGUUUGACGUCAGUAAUAACCAGAUCGUCGGCCCUAUUCCGUACAGCAUGGCGGGUCUGUUCCAUUUGGAGCAGUUGAACUUGGCGCACAACAAGAUGGAAGGCGUCGUUCCGGCUGGGAUUUGCAUGUUGCCCAACUUGGAAAACUUCACCCUUUCCUAUAACUAUUUUUGCGAAGAAGAUGAUGUUUGCCGGAACCUGGCGAAUAAUACUAAUAAGGCGAAAAGAGUUGCUUUUGACGACCGUCAAAACUGUGUGCCGAAGAGGCGUUUCCAGAGGAGCGAGAAGGAGUGUAGUCAUGUGCUUAAACAUCCCUAUGAGUGUGAAAUUGAGCAUGACUUUGAUGCCCCCGCCGGUGUCGGAGCAGGACCUGCUUUUGCUCCAGUUCCGGCGGUGGGGGCGCCUGUGCCGUCUUUGUCUCCGACGCCUACGUGAUAUGCAUGCAUGCAAGCGCACGAGAGAAGCAGGAAAGUAAAAGAAAGGUGUUUUCAAUAAUUAAGAAAUUAGUAAAUUAAUUUAAGGUCGAGUCGAGAGAUUUGGUUUCUUUCUUUCUUUUUUAAUAAAUAAUAAUUGUUGUUACUGUAUAAACUUUCAUGUGUUUCUAUACGAAGACUUUGUUUGAUGAAUAUAUUGUUAGUGUGCAUAGAUUUGUAUCUUUUAUUCAAUUUUUUUUGUCAAUGAAAAAAUAUCUUAUAUUCA